CUAACUUUAAGUUAUUCUAAUUAUACUUAUGUAUAUAUAAAGAAGUAAACCAUUGACGGGUUAAUUUAAAUAUACAUAAAAGAGUAAACCAUUGAAGGGUUAAUGUUAUCCCGUUAACUUAAGAUUCGUUCUCAGUUAUUGUUGAUUCUCUUAAAAAGAUCAUUUGUAUUCAUGUAAGCACAUGCUUGGUUGUCAUUGUGUUGACAUACAUAUAUUCAUGUUGCACAAGUUCAUGUGUCCAUUUUAAAAGAUAUACAUAUAAGUAAAUACAUAGCGUGUAAGCAGAGAAAAUGUAUGUAUGUUAGAAUAAGUAUGUGUAACCGUUCUUCGGUGACAAAGCGAAGCACAGUACAGUUUGAGAAAUAAAAGUGUAAAGACGUGCUAUCCUAAAAUCUCAGAAGUGGGAUUUGCCUAACUAAAAUUUUUUUAAACAAUUUAUAUACUAGUGUGAAAAAACAAAAAGAAGCGAACAAUUUUAUGAGACAAUUUAUGUAAAGUGUGUGUACAAUUUAAAGAUUUAAACAAAAAAUUGUGAAAAAACAAAAAGAAGCGAACAAUUUUAUGAGACAAUUUAUGUAAAGUGUGUGUACAAUUUAAAGAUUUAAACAAAAAAGUUAACAGUUUUAAGAUGGAUAAUGUGGCAGACCAUACAGUUGCACAAUUGCGUGCUUGGCUCCGACGUCUUGAAUUACCAUCGAGUGGUAACAAAAGUUCUUUAGUGUUGCGGUUGACAGAGGUUCCUGCAAGUGAACGUGGCGAGUGUCCAAGUGGUGCAGAAGUUGACGAAAUUUUGCUCCCAAUAUUUGAAGAUCAACAGACUGUACCAGGUACGGACGAUGUUGCUGCUGCGCAGAUGGAAAAUGGUAGCACCAUACAACAAGUCGAAGAGCAGCCAGUGAAAAUCGUAGCAGACGCAGGUCCGACAGAGGUUGAAUUGCUGAAGCGAGAGACAAAUUUAUUGAGACGUGAAAAAGAUUUGCUGGAGCGGGAGAAUGCAAUGCUACAGCAAAUGAUGCUUGGUGGUGAAACAUUGAGCCACCCGCAAUCGAAUCAAGCAACAAUUUCACUUGACUUGAUAAAAAAUCUGAUACCCGAGUACGAAGGUGGCGUUAAUUUCAAUUUGUGGGCGGCACAGUUCAAAAGCGUCACCAGUGCUUACACUAUAAAUGAAGGCGAGUCGCGCAUUAUAUUUCUUAACAAACUAAAAGGCAAAGCACAACAGUGGUUAUAUGGCAACCCCGAUUUCGCAACUCAACAAGUAGAUGAGCUCAUCAGUCAAAUGAAUCAAGUGUUUGGCUCAGGUGAAAACAGAGUGGUGCUGCGGCGAAAAUUUGAGACCAGGAAGUGGAAGUCGGGCGAGCGGUUUAUUGAAUAUUUCAACGAUAAGAUGGUAUUGGCAAACCAACUACAGCUGGGAGAAGAGAAGUUGGUCGAAUACAUAAUCGACGGCAUACCUGAUUAUCGGCUACGCAACCAAGCGUAUAUGCAGUGCUACACAACAAAGGCACAAUUACUCCAAGCAUUUUCCAAAAUUGAAACUGGGCCAAAACCGAUUGCGCCGGCUCAGUCGCAGAUUCAAGAAAGAAGAUGUUACAACUGCAGCAGUCGCGGACACCUAGCAGCAGAAUGCCGUAAACCAAAGCGAGAGAUGGGUACGUGUUAUGGGUGUGGAAGUCGAAACCAUCAAAUAGCAACAUGUCCAGAGAAGAAAACUGUCCACGCAGUUAAUGAAUAUAAUGUCUGAUCGACUCGGUAGCCCAAUCAGCUUCAUAAAAAAAUCUUGCGUCCCAGAAAAUUUGAAAUUGGAGCUUUUAUCAAAUGAGAAUAAUUUUUAUUUUGGUUUAAAUAAUACGAGAAUUGUAACUUAUGGAAAGUUUUUGUGUUGUAUUACAAUAAACAACGAAUUGUUUGAAUUAAAUUUUGUAGUAGUUGAUGAUUGCACUAUGUAUUAUGAGGCUGUGUUGGGAAGAGAUUUUUUGAGAAUUUGUAAUUUUAAGUUAUUCAGAGCUGAAAAGAAAAAUUGUUGUGAUGUAGAAUGACAAAAAGUCGGCACGACGUUAAAACCGAACUAAAGUAUAAAUGUAAAAAAGAUAGUCACGGUAACGAAGAUAUAUAUUUAAAGAAUAUAUAUGUAAACGACAAAGACAAUGUGAAAGAAAACUGUAAAAUGAUAGUUAAAGAUUCAAGUCAAGUGACUAAAAAUUGCAAAGAAGAAAAUUUUGAGAAACAACUUUUAUUGAUGGCUAACGUUGUUAAUGAAGAAUUAAAUGUCAAAAUUGGCUCGAAUAUAAGCUAUAACGAUAUCGAAAAAUUUAAUGAAAUUUUAAGUAAAUAUUAUAUAAAUCCAAAGCGCGCGGCUGAGCCUAAAAUUAAAAGUGAGAUGAAGUUGGUCGUUGACAAUGUAAAACCUUUCAACUGUCCUCCAAGACGUUUGUCCUAUUGGGAAAAAAAUGAAUUACAAAGAUUGUUGGAUGAGUUUUUGGAAAAGAAAAUAAUUAGGCCGAGUGAGUCAGAAUAUGUGUCACCAAUUGUACUAGUGCGUAAAAAGACAGGCGACAUUAGAAUGUGUGCUGACUAUCGGUCACUU